AUGGCGCCUUCCAAGUCGAGUAAAGCCUCGUCUGCCUCGGCCGGCGCGAAACGUCGAUCAUCGUCGACGUCGACUGCGACCUCCUCCAAGGCCAAGACCGGCUCCACCCUCAACUCUUCGUUCACCGCGUCGAAAGCUUCAGCGACUUCGAAUGCAAAGAAGGCAGGUGUCACCACGGUCAAGGAGGAGGUGGGAUCGAGUAGCAAGACCGCUCCCUCGUCGAUGACGAUGACGACGGGGACGACCAAGGAGCUCGAAGAGGCCAAGGCAUUGCAGGAGGAAGAGAAGAAAUUGAUAAAGAGCUACGGCAAGUUGAUGAGGGAGAGUAGUCGGAUCAUGGGUACCGCGAGUGAGUUCAUUGUCAGGUUACUAGCACGACGCGGCUUCGGCGUGGAUGACGAGGUGGCGCUCGCUCGGUUCGCUGUCCCAUCCCGCGUGACGCUUCCACUGCGCGGCGGGUCAAUUUGACUUCUCGCCCCAGCGAUCGAGCGCACCGAUGGGUUCGGAGUACUGACAGUGAACCUUUGUACACAUCCGCUAUGACGACAGUACAUGAUCAAGUAAGUCUUAACAAAUUUCUUGAUGUCAAGUAUGAUAUCCCAAACUGACAAAUGUCAAAAUUUGCCCAUGCCUCACACAGGACUGGCUCCCGCUUGAAGUCGUAUUGAGGGUGUUCGAUGCCGAUCCAGAUUACGGUCCUUGUUCAAACCAGUCGUGAGUUCCUGGUGAAUGACCACGUUGAUUGAGGACGCUGAUUCAUCCAGCUGUCGUCGGUCACAGUCGAUUGGAACGAUUCGAACGAGCAGAACGUCUCGGACUUGAACCGCCAAGCGAGGUACGAUUUCUCAUUCAUUCGCUCAAAUGAAAAGGCAUCCUGCUGACUACGAAAUACCACUCCUUCGUUAGAUCGGUGCGAUUCUUCGAUCCAAGGUCGGCCUGGCUCGCCCCGAGUACAGAAACUCCGUCUUCUCUGGUACGUCGGCGCUUCUCUUCGCUUCUUGCGUUCCCAAGCGAUUCGAGAGCUCAGGGUUGCUGACUCUCAUGCUCUCCCUGAUUUCUGUAUUUCCGAAUAGUCUGAGUCUCGCCGCCGCCCUGCCGCUUUUUCGCUAUCGCCCGUUUCACGGUUUCUCCUCUUGUUUGCUACCGUCCGUUGUCAUUUACUCUGUACUCGCUCUUUUUCUCCUGUGA